CGCCCCGCCCCUCCCCGCCGGAGAGAGUCACGUGGGCGAGUCCUAGCUUUAGACAAGCGGCCAGCCUUGACACGUGACCCAAGCCGCAGCUUCGCGCAGGGAUGGAGCCGGAAGAGGGGACGCCCUUGUGGCGGCUGCAGAAGCUGCCGGCCGAGCUGGGCCCGCAGCUUCUUCACAAAAUAAUUGAUGGCAUUUGUGGUCGAGCUUAUCCUGUGUACCAAGAUUAUCACACUGUUUGGGAAUCAGAAGAAUGGAUGCACGUUUUAGAAGAUAUUGCCAAAUUUUUCAAAGCCAUAGUUGGUAAAAACUUACCUGAUGAAGAGAUAUUUCAGCAGUUGAAUCAGCUGAAUUCACUUCAUCAAGAAACUAUCAUGAAAUGCGUGAAAAGUAGGAAAGAUGAAAUCAAACAGGCUCUGUCAAGAGAAAUAGUUGCUAUUUCCUCUGCACAGCUACAGGAUUUUGAUUGGCAGGUAAAGCUUGCACUUUCCAGUGACAAGAUUGCUGCAUUACGAAUGCCACUUUUAAGCCUGCAUCUAGAUGUAAAAGAAAAUGGUGAAGUAAAACCUUAUUCUAUUGAAAUGAGUAGAGAGGAGCUGCAGAAUCUAAUACAGUCCUUGGAAGCAGCGAAUAAGGUGGUCCUGCAGUUGAAAUAAUUGGAAAUUAUGAAUACCAGUCCUAUCAGAUUUUAUUGCUCCAACUUAAAUGGCAGAGUGAAUACUGCGUGUUCAGAAACCUUGUGAUGUCUUGACUGUUGCACCAGGCUGAGAAAGCAGCAAUGUUGAUAUUAUAAAGAUAAAAAUUUAUCAACAUUCCUUAACAGGAAAUUACAUGGUUGAGAGGAAAUGCAUAAAAUGAAAGAUGAAAAAUCUAUAGUAGCAGUUUAUAUUUUCAUGAUUGUUUUGCCUCAUUUAUUAAAUAUUUGAGAAAUCUUUGGAGAUACAUAGUUUUAUUGAAAGCUAAAAAUAGGUUCUAAAGUAAUGUAAAAAUAUAAAGCACAAAUAUACUUGAAUAUUGCUUAAAGAAUUGUGUGAAUAGCAACAUAUAUUAUGGAUAUAUACUUUGUGAUAUUUUUAAAAAAUAACUUUUUCAAAGAAUGUAUAAGCUGCAUAUAUAACUCAGGAGAUUCCAUGUCUUUCUCAUAUUUCAGAGGAAAGAUUAUAAAAUAUAAAAUUUCUUAGAGAACACCUCUUUGUCCGAGAUAAACAAGAACAAAUACUCUAAACUUAUGUGAACAAUUUUGAGUUUAUGAAUUCUAGAAACUAAAAUCAAGAAUACAGAAAAAUGAAAAUAACAUUUUACUUCUGCGCUUCUAUGUUUGGGAAACAUUGCUCUGAUAAAAAAUAGCUGUCAUUAUGGAGUGUGUAUAUUCAAAUAUGAGAUAAGACUAUGUACACGUCCACUUUUGUUAAUAAACUCAAUAUUGAAUACU